CGAAUAGGCUGCUGCACCUUUGCAUUGACACCACGUGUGUCAGCGGCAUGAAAUUGCUCCGCCGUCACGAAAUGAUGCGGGGCGACGUUCCGAUAUCUUUUCAAGAAAUCCCCGAAAAGAAUCGUGGGAACACUUGCUACGUAUAGCCUCUCAACACCACUCAACACCGCCUUUCCAUGAGCAGGGAUUCCAACCAACAACUAGUCCACUCAGUCACAUGGAACAAGUGCCUCCCCCCCAACUAUCUCAGCUCUCUUUCAGCCGCUGCACGACGGAUAUUACCGACUAUCUAUCCAACAACUCACCCCACUGCCCCUUUCUUUUCUCUUCGCCUUCUCCAGGAUCCACAGAGUGGUUCGCUGGCCAGCUGGCAUACUGUUGUCUAGUUUACACCUCGGCGGCCUCACCGAGAUCCCAUGGUGCCAAGCUAGCAUCCUACGCCCGCAAUUCCACUCGCUUUGGCAACCUCGUGGCACCAACUCGCCCAUGCCAUGGAACCUCAUUCAAUAUUUGCAACGAAUGUCACCCACAUCCCAAAUAUCAGAACACUGCGUGCAGAACUUGACUGCGCACGUGUUGGCCAGCGUCGGGACGUCAACUUCUACAACAGCGUUUGCUCAUACCUGUUUACUUUUACAUCUACCCUUGGCUUCAAGGGUACGGAUCUUACCCGGUGGAAAGCUCCGGCUCAUCAAAAGGGCCUACUUGAGCUAACCCGACGAUUCCUCGAAGAUGAUGGUAAUGGGGCUAUAUUCUGGCCUGACGAUCCCAAAUCCCCAGACUACCGUUCACUUCAAUACUCCAAGGAUGCCGAUCGUAUAAGUCGGGUUAUGACACAACUCUUCUGGAGAGCCUCCCAGGAGUACAGGUACAAAGGCAGCCAAAAAAAAAUGGCUGAUCCCCAUUAUCGAGCCCGCCGUUUGGGUCUUCCCCUUCCAGGACCUGAGCAUACUUCACAUCUUGGGGGUCAGGGCACCCUCGGAGAACCAUUUGAUGUUGACAAACUAGUCUCCUUGACGACAUCAUCGACAAGCUCCCGUCCCAUCAAAACAACCCAAGAUGAAACCCCCCUCUUUGCUGUCCCUCCGCGGCCCCGUAUGUACCAAGCAUCCGUUGAGGAGACCGUCGACGAGAGUUACACUCAGAAUGCACUACAGCGGCGGCCCAGCUCAUUGGGGAUACAUCCACCCUCGCCGCCUGUGGCACCCAUACCGCAUACAAACAAUGAACCACAAGGUGACCAAGAGACUCAUCUAGUAAAACGACCAAGACCUCGGGAGCAAAACACAACGAACCCCAACUCGCACCCUGCCGGUGGUGCUGAAAACGAGCCCGUUGCCAACUCACCUCCAGUUUCAUGGUUCUCUCCUAGGAGACAGACAUUACGCCCAGAUUAUGUAACUGGUGACGAAUUUUUUGAAGCCAUUGGCUCCGCUGCAUCAGGCAGUGAUGCCGAACCUGCAAAUUUACAAGCGGCGGGUAAUGGACCCAGAAUGAAGUCUCCUCUUCCAUCUCCCCCCUCAGCUCCAACUACCGAUACGGUAAUGACGCAGGCCGGAGGUGGUUGCACUGGAGACUCGUUGUUAAAUAAUGAUGCAGAGGAGCCACAGCCCAUGACUGCGUCACUCCCUCCCCGACCUUGUCUAGCCCUACACGAUACACCCGCUCAUAUACAUGAUACUGGUCAAGGUCAGCGGCCACUCUUGAAAUCGGAGUUAGACACCAGUCGUGAGAAUGAACGGCGGCCGGAGCUGGAACAUACUCCUGAGAGCGUGUUCGGCCGUGCGGCGGAGCAUGAGGCUGGUCAAGAUGCCGACCCCAAAUCCUCGAGCCAAAGACAAAGACCACGUCCACAAAUAAUUUUUAGUGUGGAUGUUUUACAUGACGAAAACAGGAGAUGGCAGCCCAGGGGGAAGUUUAUGCAAAUGUCGCUGCGGGAUCUUGUGGAGGAGUUACCUCUCCAACCCAACUUCUCCCGCUUCACGUUCACCUUGGAGACCCUCAGGUGUACAUUCCAUGAAGAUGUCACUCUCGAUGACGAGGCCGGAUUUGCGCUCAUGAAGAACAGGUUUAACCACAAGAUCGCAGCGUCCCUACGUGCCCAUCGGGGUUCUUCCGAUCUCCUCUUCGAGAUAUGCAUUCAUCCAAUUUGGGAUGGACGAGAUGAUUGUGAGGGAGGCAAUGGCGAUGACGAUGAAGAUAUCGUUUUCUGAAAUCGUUCUCAUCCAAGUGUCUGUAGAUACAGAUAUUUUCUGUUUAGGCGCUCAGGGAAUGAGUAUUAGAAACUAAUCCGAGGAAAUGCAAGGGGUGUAUACUUGUAAAUACUUUAGCUUUGUUCGUACCAACCAGAUAGAUCAGAGCAACGCAGUAUAUUCCAGAUAUUGAAAGGACGCAACGAGACGCUCUACUUUGUACUCGGGCUGAUAUCAUUAAGCAGGGGAAUUAAAGUGAUUUUCCAC